CAUCUUCCUGACCCGACUGAGCUCGGAGAACGUGGGCGGUCUGCCAGGGAUGUUGUUAACCCUGAGAGACUUGGGUGUUCCUGAAUGUUUUCUCUUUGGACCUCCACAGCUGAAGAACUACCUGCACGCCAUCAACUCCUUCAUUGAAUGCACGGAGACGAUGAAGCUGUCGGUCCAACCGUACACCGAGGAGAUGUUCGAAGAUGGCACGAUGACGGUGCAUCAGGUGCCGCUGUUCGCCAAGUCACGAGGCAACAGAGGAGAGUCGAGCAGAAGUGGCCAGAGUUCUCCAAAAAGAGAGAAUUUUCAAAAUAAAAGCGGAGGACAGGAUCCAGAAUCUUGUAUUGUUUUUUCUUCAACUCGUUGGACAUUUUCACAGCUUCGAUCAAGGAUGGGGUCCUUCUUACCGGCCCAGGCCAAAGAGCUCGGGCUGCCUGUAGGCAAGGCAGCUAUCAGACCUCUCAUCCAUGUUCUGAAAAAUGGGGAAAGCAUCGUGUACGAAGGAAAAGAGAUCCGACCCGAGCAGGUCUGCAGCCCCUCAGUUCCAGGACCGGUUUUUAUCGUCAUCGAGUGCCCGUCUGAGGAGUUUGUUGAAGCUGUUUGCACCAAUCAGCAGCUGAGAAGACACCAAGCCGAAGGGACAGAAGACUCUGCGGUGCUGGUGGUCCACAUGACUCCAGAGUGUGUUCUGCAAACGAAGCAGUACAAAGCCUGGAUGGAGAGAUUUCCAUCCACAACACAACACCUGAUCCUUAACGAGCACGUCAGCGUGGUCCACAACAUCGGCAGCCACAAGAUGCAGACCCAGCUCAACAUGAUCCACCCGGACAUCUUCCCACAUCUGAAGAUCUGCAAAUCAAAGGAGUCUCUCACAGAUCUGCGCGUGUCAAACGUGCGAGCCGAAUGUCUGCUGAAGUUCCAGUUCCGGCCGGUUCUGGAGUGGCAAAGGGAAGCCGUCCCUUCCUGCAACACCCAGGACUUCAUCAAAACAGCCGCCGAGGUCCCCGACUUCCUGGAGAACGUGAAGAAGUGCAGAGAGAUCUGUUCGGCCCAGGCAGCAGAACCUUCUGAUUCUGCAGGAAACUACCCAGAGCUGGUGUUUCUGGGAACCGGAUCGGCUGUUCCCAUGAAGACCAGGAACGUCAGCGGGACCUUGGUGAACAUCAGCUCCACUCAGUC